AAUCCUAAUAAUCUAUACAUAUAUGUAUACACCGUUCAUGAUUGUUCUUUUUAUCACUCUAUUUAUUAUACAGUAUUUACUAAACUGUUUUUCAUAAAAUGAUAAAAGUUCAAAAUGUAUAAUAAGCAAUUAUUUUCAUUCUUCGUUUAACAAACAUCCAUUAUAUUUAAAUUUAAUUCAAUUGUUAAUUUUAUUUAAAGACUAGUUUCUAACUUAGUGUGUCAGGUGAUUCUUGGGAGAAAUUUACUAACAUUUGUAAAAAUAAAUUGAUAGUAAUUUUAAAAUAUUUUUAAAAACACGAAUUCAGAAUUUGCCGAAUGAAUUAACUGUUCAAGUCGAGAAGUUUCGAACAAGUUAUCAGUAAUUAGUUACUUGUAGUUAUCGAAGGUUAAGUUAUGUCACAUACAUAAUAUGGCGUCUUCCGAUAUAUCUGAUGAUGGGUUCGAUUGGAAAACUCUGGAGUACAGAAUUUUCAAAAGUUCAAGUUAUUCACCGACAUAUUUACCUGAGAAUAUACUAGUUGAUAAACCUCAAGAUCAAUCCUCUCGCUGGUCGUCUGAUCAUGAUCAUUAUCCACAGUAUUUAGUUCUCAAGCUUCCUCGCCCGUCAAUCGUUAAAUCACUUACUUUUGGAAAAUUUGAAAAAGCUCUGGUAUGCAACAUAAAAAAAUUUAUUAUUUUUGGUGGAAUGGAACAUGAAAAUAUGACAGAACUUUUGAAAGGAAGUUUAAAAAAUGAUUCAGUGGCAGAAACAUUUGAAAUAAAACAUAAAAUUGGAAUGGACGAUAUUUACUACCCGAUUAGAUACAUAAAAAUAAUGCCUAUUCAAUCAUGGGGACCGAGUUUCAAUUUUAGUAUUUGGUACGUUCGUCUAACUGGUAUCGAUGAUCCAGAAGUAGUUGAUCCCAGCCUCAUGUGGGUUAAUCAGUACCUCCAGAAUGAAAUUUUAAGACUUUGUAUGAAAUAUUUCCGUUGUAUAAAACAGCCAGAAAUAGUUCAAACUCUUGGGAAAGUCACUAAUGUUAAGUUAGAAGAUCAACGACUAUCAGCUUUAUACGAUAUUUUAGUAAAUAAAGGAGAUUAUCUUGAAGCUGAACGAUUUAUCACUAAUGCUGUUUCGACUGGAUUAGUAGAUGAAUAUACAAACAAUCAACCCUACUGCGCAGUAUGGAAAAAAGUUAAGUGCGAUGAUCCGAAACCAGGUAUGAGAGGAGGUCAUCAAAUGGUCUUUGAUUCGGCAGCUGAAAUUUUAUAUUUAUUUGGUGGAUGGAAUGGAAAUCAAGAUUUGUCUGAUUUCUGGUCAUACAAUGUAAAGGAAAACAAAUGGACUCUUAUUUGCCAAGAUACUAAAAGUGUAGGGGGACCGGGUGCUCGGUCUUGUCAUAAAAUGUGCCUUGAUCCUGAAAGAAAACAAUUGUUCACAUUAGGAAAGUAUUUAGAUACACAAUACCGGUGUUCUGAUAAUUUAAAAAGUGAUUUUUAUGUCUACGAUAUAAAAUCAAAUAAAUGGAUUCAAAUAUCUGAAGACACAAGUGCUAGUGGAGGCCCGAAACUUAUAUUUGAUCAUCAAAUGUGUAUGGAUGUUGUAGAUAGAAUAAUUUAUAUAUUUGGUGGUCGGAUUCUUACAAUGUCUGGUGGGGUUGAUGAUCAUGCCGUCGGGAUGUCGUUGAGUCCAGCCGAACCUGUUUUCUCUGACCUUUUUUCUUAUCACGUACCAACUAAUACUUGGAAACUUUUAGCCUGUGAUAUCGCUAGACCAAGUCCGUUAAAUGUCCCAAUGAUUAAGUCAAGAGUGGGCCAUUCAAUGCUUUUUCAUCCGAUCGAUAGAAAAUUGUAUAUUUUCGCUGGUCAGAGAAGUAAAGAAUAUCUUAAUGAUUUUUUUACAUUUGAAGUUGAUACCAGUAGAAUAGAACACAUCAGCUUACAAGAUUUUGAGAGCGACGACUCUAAUCAUAUUCCAGCAGCGGGUUAUACUCAAAGAGCAACAAUCGAUUCUACAUUAGGGGAAAUUUAUGUUCUAUCAGGAUUAAGUAAAAACAAAGAAAAGCGCGAAGAAAAUGUUCAAAAUUCAUUUUGGGUUUAUAAAAUAAAAAGUAAUACUUGGACAUGUGUCUAUCGCAAUGAAAAUGUCAGUGAAAAAUAUUGGAAUAAAAUGCAAGACUUUGAGCCGUGUCCUCGUUUUGCUCAUCAACUGGUUUAUGAUAACGUCAAAAAAGUUCACUAUUUAUUUGGUGGUAAUCCUGGACGUACUUAUUUCCCGAAACUGAGACUUGAUGACUUUUGGCAACUGAAACUUUGUAGACCAAAACAAGAUCAAAUUCUCAGGAGAUGCAAACUCAUUAUUAGAAAACAUAAAUUUAAAGAACUUGCUCUUUGCAAUAGUAUGAAGGCACUUGAGUAUUUACAGAAAGAUAUUUCCGAAAUUGUUGACCAUAGUGAUGUUGAACAAACCAAGGAUUUUCAAUUGUUGACAUCUGUGCUCUUUUACGAACAAGACUUUUUAAGACACACACCAAAAUCAUCCGACAUUUCAUUAGAUACGAGUAGUUCAGAUAUGUUAGCGAAAGAAUUUCAUCAACGUCGUACGAAAUUAUUCGAUCAACUAAUGGAAUUUUUUCCCGAAAAACUUACACAACCGCGUACUAAUUUAGUUGACCUUUUACUUUUGUGAUAUAGCCAUCGUUAAAUUAGUUUAUCAUUUCAGAGGACAUUCGACUGUUAAAUGCUCAAAUUAUACAAUUUUAUUGGGAACAUUAAUUUGAGUAACUAAAUAAAAUAAAGCUUAUUUUUAACUUCCCGCAAUGAAAAUUGAAAAUUUUCAAAAAAAGGGAAAUUAUUGGUUUCGGUCCGAUUUGAAAAAAUCGAGAUUUCAUCAGACCUCCAUGUUUUGAGGUCCUAGAAAACAAUUCCGACUAUUUCCGGGUCGACAUCCGGCCGUGUGUGUGUAAACUUUUUUUGUCCGACGAUAUCUUUAGAACGAAUCAACCGAUUGGAGCAUUUUUGGCGGCUAUCGAAAGAGCUCACCAAAAGUUAGAACUGAUGAGAUUUUGAAGUCGAUCGGUCGAGUACACGGAAAAAAAAUUAUAGGAAGUUUUGCUAUGCAUUAUGGGAAUGGUUCCCAU